AUGGGGCUCAACCUGACACUUGCAAAACUACCAAGUAAUGAGCUGUACAGUCAAGCCAGUCACUCUGCAAACAGCACAAGCGCGGGACAUGGGAAGAACUACACCCUUCACAAUGAAUUUGACACCAUCAUCCUGCCAGUGCUUUACCUAGUUAUAUUUGUGGCAAGCAUCCUGCUGAAUGGUCUGGCUGUGUGGAUCUUCUUCCACAUCAGAAAUAAAACCAGCUUCAUAUUUUAUCUCAAAAACAUAGUGGUAGCUGACCUCAUAAUGACGCUGACAUUCCCGUUUCGAAUAGUCCGUGAUGCGGGAUUUGGACCUUGGUACUUCGAGUUUAUCCUCUGCAGAUACACCUCAGUUUUGUUCUAUGCAAACAUGUAUACAUCCAUCGUGUUCCUUGGGCUGAUCAGCGUCGACCGCUAUCUAAAGGUGGUAAAGCCUUUUGGUGACUCUCGCAUGUACAGCAUAACUUUUACCAAAGUUUUAUCAAUUUGUGUUUGGGUGAUCAUGGCUGUUCUGGCCUUGCCAAACAUCAUCUUAACGAAUGUUCAGCCAACUAAGGAAAAUAUUCAUGACUGCAUGAUGCUCAAAAGUCCUUUGGGAGCCAAGUGGCAUAUGGCUGUCACCUAUGUUGACAGCUGUUUGUUUGUGACUGUGCUGGUGAUUCUGAUCGGAUGCUACAUAGCAAUAUCCAGGUACAUUCACAAAUCCAGCAGGCAAUUCAUAAGUCAGUCGAGCCGGAAACGGAAGCAUAACCAGAGCAUCCGCGUGGUCGUGGCUGUGUUUUUCACCUGCUUCCUGCCAUAUCACCUGUGCAGAAUCCCCUUCACUUUCAGCCACUUAGACAGGCUUUUAGACGAAUCAGCACACAAGAUUCUCUACUACUGCAAAGAAAUGACACUUUUCCUGUCUGCUUGCAAUGUGUGCCUGGAUCCAAUCAUUUACUUUUUCAUGUGUAGGUCCUUUUCAAGAAGGUUAUUCAAGAAAUCAAACAUAAGGACGAGGAGUGAGAGCAUCAGAUCACUGCAAAGCGUCCGAAGAUCGGAAGUGCGCAUUUAUUACGACUACACUGACGUGUAG